AUGUUCUUAUUAAAUUAUGUUGUUAUUGCAGAAAGCCAACUUUGUGAAUCACUGCAUGGUUCUUCAAUUCUUUCUGAUAAUGUUUUGGAUAUUUCAAUGUAUUUAAAAUUUGUAAACUGUGAGAAUGAAAUCAAGCAGUUGAUAGAAAACAUGAAAAUUUUUUAUGAUCUUAUUGAAAAUCUCAAAAGCUAUGCAGAACCAAAGAAACAAAUUGUGUUUCCUGUCACUGUAGGAACAUCAGGGAAGGGGAAGACUACAUUUGCAAGAAAGGAAUAUGAAAACAAAGAUCUUUAUAUUAAGGUUAUAUCAAAUGAUUUUGGAUGA